CACGCGCCGCCGCCGCGCUCCGCUCAGGCGCCGCUCGGCCGCCUCGCAGGGGUCCUGGCCGGGCGCGGAAGCCCUUUGCCGUACGGCAUGGCGGCGCUGUGGCGGCGCGGGGAGCGCUUCCUGGGGCUGCCGGGGCCGCGCCGUACGGCGCGAGCUCUCUCAGGAAAGAAGGAGUAUGACCUGCUGGUCAUUGGUGGUGGGUCUGGAGGCCUUGCUUGUGCAAAAGAAGCUGCUCAGUUUGGCAAGAAUGUGGCUGUUUUGGAUUACGUUGAACCUUCUCCACGAGGAACCAAGUGGGGACUUGGUGGAACUUGUGUAAACGUUGGCUGCAUUCCUAAAAAGCUUAUGCAUCAGGCAGCCCUUUUAGGGGGAGCUCUUAAAGAUGCCCAGCACUAUGGCUGGAGUGUGGCCCACCCAGUUCAUCACAGCUGGUCUGUGAUGGCUCAAGCUGUUCAGAAUUAUGUGAAAUCCCUGAACUGGGGACACAGAGUGCAGCUACAAGACAAAAAGGUGAAAUAUUUCAACAUGAAAGGAGGUUUUUUGGAUUCCCAUACAGUCUGUGGUUUAGCAAAAGGAGGUAAAAAGACUACUCUUACUGCUGAAAACAUUGUCAUUGCUACUGGAGGAAGACCCAAAUAUCCCACUCACAUUACGGGCGCACUGGAGUAUGGAAUCACAAGUGAUGAUCUAUUCUGGUUAAAAGAGUCUCCUGGAAAAACGUUGGUUGUUGGAGCCAGUUAUGUUUCGCUUGAAUGUGCUGGUUUUCUAACUGGUAUUGGGUUGGACACUGCAGUCAUGAUGAGAAGUAUCCCACUUCGUGGGUUUGAUCAGCAAAUGGCAUCUUUAGUAACUGAGCACAUGGAAUCUUAUGGCACAAAAUUUUUAAAGAAAUGUGUCCCAACUAAAGUUGAAAAAUUGGGAAGCAGCAAGUUACAAGUGACCUGGAAAAAUACUGACUUGGGCACAGAAGAAACGGAUUCCUUUGACACAGUGAUGUGGGCAGUAGGCCGGGUCCCUGACAUUGGAACUCUCAAUUUGGAGACUGUUGGAGUGAAAACUAAUUCUGAAACUGGAAAGAUCAUUGUUGAUGCCAGUGAAGCUACUUCUGUUCCUCACAUUUAUGCAAUCGGAGACAUAACAGAGGGCCGUCCUGAACUGACACCCACAGCAAUAGCUGCAGGGAAGCUGCUGGCCCGGCGUCUUUUUGGCCACUCUUCAGAACUGAUGGACUAUGACAGUGUACCUACUACAGUUUUCACUCCCUUGGAAUAUGGUUGUGUUGGACUGUCAGAAGAAAAGGCUGUGCAGUGUUAUGGGUCAGAUAAUAUUGAGGUAUUCCAUGCUUAUUAUAAACCCCUGGAAUUCACAGUGGCUGAAAGAGAUGCAGCUCAGUGUUAUAUGAAAAUGGUGUGCUUACGAGAGAGAGAGCAACGAAUCCUCGGCCUUCAUUUCAUUGGACCAAAUGCUGGGGAAGUUAUUCAAGGAUUUGCUCUUGGAAUCAAAUGUGGUGCUACGUACCCUCAGCUGAUGAAGACGAUUGGCAUUCACCCUACCUGUGCUGAGGAAAUUACCAAGCUGCAUAUUACAAAACGUUCCGGCCUGGAUGCAACAGUAACAGGUUGCUGAGGUUAAAUACCAUCCCUGGAAAGGAGGAAAAAAAGCACAAAACAUGUCUGAAAAGGAAAGGGGCAAUUGGAGUUGAAAUAGCUUUGAUAGUUUGAGUUCCAGGAGCCUUUCUCGUUUCCUCUGUACUUUUGCAAUUCACGCUGUAACAAAUCCCUCUCUGUGAAAGUGCAAACAGCUCUUUUUCUUCCUGGGAGCUUUAUGUACAAAAAUAUAUAAAAAGUCACCAACAUCUUAGGCCCUCUUAAACUUAAUAGUUGCCAUUUGAGUUUCUGUGUUGGCAUUGUUGGCUGUCAUCAGAAGUGCCUUGCACUGUUUUCAUACAGAUAGCAGGCAUCAGGCAGAGCUUUCCUUACAAUUUUGGUGUGGUGCUUUCUGUUAAGUGCUUGGAUGGUUCAUCCCCAACCUUAAUACUGAACAUUCAGACUUUCUGCUUGUAGAGGUGGGUUCCCAUAAGAUCCCUAAUAGCUACACAGUCACCCCUUUUUUGUUUCCUUUUUUUUUUGUUUUUAGUAUAAUAUGUAAUUAUCUGCAAUUUUAUUUUAUUUUUUUUUAGAGUUGACCAAAGUAAUAAUUAACCUAUUGCAAAAUUGUACUAGUUUUCCUUCUGUCCACAAGGGGGAGAUGCUGGCUAAUUUGUGGCAAUGAAGAAUCGUUAGAAAUCUGAUGUUUAAACUUCUUUUGCAGAAUAAGUUAAAUACGUGUAAGUAGCCUGACAAAGGCACAAUACAAAGCACACAGAAUUUCAAGCCAAGUUGCAGUUGCCAACGUUUUGAUAUGCAUGGUCACUUAAUUUCUUGCAGCCUUUACAGUAGAAUUGUAUUUGUAGAAAAGGGAGAGAUCAACUUCAGGUAAAACAAAAUGUAUCCUUUUUGCAAUUGAUCUGUGUAAGUGUUUUUGCAUGUGUAAUUUGAUAUUUGCAUAGCUGUCCUAUGUUCUCCUGUUACACGUUUUAGAAUAGUCUGAUGAUCCUCUAUAUCUUUUGUUAUUGGUUUUCUGACUUUUGCUACUGCAGCCUGCAACAUGGACAAAGAUAGGUUUAUUUCAAAUAUGAAGUGUUUCCUUAUCAUGAGAAUUGUACCUGUCAGAGAAACUAUUAGGCAAAAAUUGAUCAGAUUUGGUAAAAUAUUCAGUAUUGAUUACGCUGUUGUUUACACUUGAAUACUCUGGCCUUCAGAAUUUGUUCUGGCUUUAAAAACAGCAAAAGAAAUACCAAAUACCAAAUCCUUUCUCUUCAAAGUUUACUGACGUUUCUGAUCCAUGAAAUAAGAGGCGAUGCAGUUUCACUGAAGGCGUUAUUCCCUUUCAGAUCUGCUGAUGUAAUUCUUCAUCUGCAAAACCAUGAUAACCUUGUAUAGAAAUACUCUGAGUGGUAACGCAGUCAGAAAACUGCCUGAAUAUUGCAACCUCCUUUAUAGGGGAUGGUAUCAAAAUUGUGUACCUGCACGUGAAUGCAUGUAUACCUGCACCUUCAGAAAUUUCUGCUUCCUUUCAUAGAGGCCCAGUGGAAGUGAUACAGCCAAAAACCUAAUCGUUUUUCCCAGCUGUGAAAGUAUUUGCAGUAUUUGCAGUAAAUUAGCUUUUAAAGAUAUUUUUACUUAAUAUUUCAAAACACUGCGAUGCAGAGCAGAUCUCUGUCUGCAGAGAUUUUGCUGAGAAACAUCCCGCCUCUGACUGAACUGUAAUGUGAUGUGCAACAUCUUUUUUCCAGUAAUUACUUAUUACUGUUCAUUUUGCUCCUGUGAGUGAAAACGUCAGUGUUCACUCGUAUGAAAGGGCUUCUCUCCUCUUUCAUAGUAAUGCAUCCAGCAGACUGAAUUGUCUGUUUCUCCAGAGUGAUCAAUGGAAAGUUUAGUUAAUUUCAUUCAUUGUAAGGUUGAAAAUUAUUUGGGACAGCCAGUGAAGAGAUCUCAAGGAAACGUGUUCUGAAUACAUUCAGUGUUUGAAACUGAGGCCUGUAAGCAUCCUUCAAAUAAUAGAAGUCUUUUGGUUUUACAGUUGUUAUGUGGAAAAUGGAUCCUGUAUUACGGACUGCUGCCUAUUUCUACUCCACAUUUAAUGGACAGCGUUGCCACCUGAAGUAAAACUAAAUGUUUAUUCACACCUACAUAAACCCAAUGUCAGAUAGAAUAAGGAAAGUAAUGUGAUUUGUGCUUUUUUUCCUGAAAGAUUCUUUACGUAACUUUCUGGGAUGGUCCUUAAGCACUGUUUUUCAAAGCCUGACCGAUGUCAGUUGAGAUGGGCUGAUCUAUGCCACAAACCACUGAUUGUGUGUGAAAGUCAAAAAUAAUUCUGGGUUUUUUUUCAGGAUUCCAGCUGAUGAUGGCUUGUUUGUCAAACCACACCAUGGCGCAGACAAGUCUGAGCCUUGCUGGGUCCCUCAUGUAUUAUCUGAUAUUUAUUGUGUUGUGAAUUAACAAAUUAAUAAAGAAUGUAUUUUUUGGUAAAUGUUUUUUGUUGUUAAUUUUGCACGUAGCUUCAUACAUAUAUGCUUUAUAUUUAGGUAUUGUUUGCUCUUAAUGUUAGAAGUACAUGUGAAGGAAGCUGGACUCAGAGCGAUUAAUAAGGAAAUGUUGGCCCCUGCCUCCCUCUGAUGCAUAAACUGAAUGGCCAUUAUUCCAGGCUGGGCGACCUUCAAAACUAUUUAAAUUUGAAUUCAAAACAACUCUAGAUGAAGUACAUAUCAUUUCAAAUAUGCUCUGCUGAUAAUUGCUGCUAAUGAUACCAGGUAUGUUUGCAGUCUGUGUGCUGAGGUGCUGCUGAGGACUCAGCCAGAUGUAACUCGGAAACUUACUGAAAUACAGUGCAGAGUAUUAUGCAGGGGUAACCUGUAUUUUAGCCAUUUGGGUUUUAGACUAGAAAAUAUAGAGGAAAAAUACAUUACAGCAAAGCCAUUCAGUAGCUGUGAACAUGGUUGAUAGAUAAAAAAUAUUUUAAAUUAAUUAAGGAAUGCUAGCAACAUGUGUUUAAAAACUGUGAGAAAUUUCUAUCAGGAAAGAAGGGAACUACAUUGAUUGAGUUAAUCCCAAUUUUAUUUCUUUAUGUUCAUUUCUUUUGAUGAGAAGUUCCCAUUAAAUUGAGUGAUGCUGAGCUGCUGGAACAGGCUGUUCUAACAUUACAUAUCUUUCCUGGGAUUGAUAUUGAAGAAGAAGUAUUGAAUUAAUUGCAUUUAAAGUUAUUUUUACUCUGUUUCCUGGAUUUCUUUCACUGCAGGUUCUAAUUAGGAUAGCCAGGAUUACUGGCUAAAAAGGGAAUGAGAGAACAUGAAGAACAGGACUGUUGUGGGACGUUUUCCUAUCCUUCUUACCCUUAUCAUACAGCAAGAGGGUGAAGAGGAAGUGCAUUAAUUUUCACAUGAAGGCAAGUUGUACAAACACAGCUGAAAACAUCAGAAAACCCAGGCAUUUUCCUUAGAGAAAUGGAAUCGAUGAAUGUUCUCCUGAAAAGACUGCUAAAUAAUUGGGAAGAUGUUGAUCCAUUAACCAAGCUUGGGAGGAGGAGUAUGCAGUUCAAAGGUCAAAUGUAUGAAAGCAAAGCCUGCUUAAUAUACCAAGAGCUCUUUGUAAAUUGGAUUCUAACUUGAGAAGUUAGAGAGCUGUGAAGGGCCCUUCCAAACACUUCCAUUUUGUUUUCUGAGCUACUGCCACAAGGAAAGACUGCCUUCUGUGCUGAUGACAGAUCUGCCCUUCUGUUAUCAGACACUGCUCUUUUGCUAUCUCAAUUUCAUAACAAUUACCUCUGCCUGAGCGCUAGUGGAUCAGCCACGUUGGGCAAAGCAGUGCUCUGAGAAAGAGAAUGAUGGAUGACAGAGCGAUUCCCUUCAACAUGAAUGGGGCACUGAGGUUGAGUCUGCAGUGACGCAAUUUUACUGGCACAGAACUUGGAAGAUGUUGUACCAGAACAAAACAAAGUGUGUCUGGAAGCAUCUUGUCCUAAAAACCGUUUGCGGGCAGUACAGAUUUCCUUAUGGAGGCUGUCUCAGGUACUGUGCGAGGCUUGGCACGUAGACACAACCAGAAAUGCAGGCGAGACUUCAUGGAGCAAAGUGUCCGAGUGCUGAGUGAGUGCCCAAUGGGCCAUAGCAAAAUGCGCAACCAAGUCAAAGAAAAACGGAAAAUAUUUCAUAAAAUUCAUCUCUGCAUCCCUUUUUCCUCUCUUGAUAUACGGCCUCUUACUCACAGCCGCCCGGGCCGCGGCCUGCGUGUAAAUAUGUCAGAGCAGCAAUGAGACGGAACGCGGACACAGAAAUGCCGGCGGCUGCUCGCAGAUAAAACGCCGAGCUGAAGCCGAGGCGUUUAUUGUAAAUGGAGAUCAAGGCAAAGCAGCAACGUUUCUGUUCAACUUCAGCCUGCCAAGGUUACUCGUCCAACUCCUUUCACGACUACCAUAUGUCCACAUGCAUUUCCCCCUCCAGAAAGUGAAAUGUUACUCUUAUGACAGCUCCGUAGCCAUUGCAAGUUCCUCGAUACUUUCCAUGUGUUGUUUUGCAAUAACCUGGAAACGCUGUUGGCAGAUGGGCCGGUGGGUGCGUGUGUGUGCGUGCAUGGGAGAGGGAGGCUGCCAGCCUGCCGGCCGUUGGAGCCUAACACUGCUGUACCUUAACAGUAACUGCAGGGCCUGGGAAGCAUUGAUGCUCUUUUUUGUUCUUUUCAGCAGGGGGCACUGGAUCCUGUAAACAGGAAUUGGUACAUUGCAGCUCAAAGGGCCUAACAGCUUUAGCAGAUGGGGUGAUUUUUUUUUCCUCUUGAUACUUGUGAUGUGGAAGAGAAGUCUGUGCACCCACUGCCAGAGAGGCAUCCAGCAGUAUCUGUUGCAGGUGAUAGAUUUCUUUUUCUUGUAUGUUUUGUUUUAAUUAAAGUGGCAGCUUAUAAAAAUGGGUCACUUGGAAACCAGGCUGGUUAAAGCGUUAUCCAUCUGGCAUCCUUCUGAACAGCAACACCAGCCAGCUGGCACAACUGGGGAAGAUGCAAGCGCCUACAAACUACAGCCUGAACAGCACAGGCUGGCACAGAAUCUGCUUGAAUUGUAGAGACUUGUUCCAGCACUCUGUAGAGGAACUGCAGGAGUAGUCUGUGAGGAGUUAAUCAGGGAGUUUAGCCUUCUACACAGCCCUUGAUCCAAAAUGCCCAAUUUUUCAACUUAUUUCUUCCAACACAUGCGUCGUUCUCAGUAAUACCCAACAUGCUGUAUUAUCAAUGUGCUCCACCCUCUCCUUUUUGUCCCUCUGGGCUGGGGUUUGCAUUUUCCUGAAUGGUGGCUCAGAUGAACUGUAAGCCAAAGUGAUGGAGAAAAAUAUUAGGAACCUUGCUUUUUUUCAGAUGACUUUUUAAAAUGUAUUUCCCACAUCUACCUUGCAACAUAAUUAUUUCAGUAACGGAAGUUUUAAUGCCAAUAAAAACGAUACGUUAAAAAAAAACUUCCUAAGCCUUCAUCUGGCACUGAACUAAUAUCUUGAAAAUGUGGCUCAACUAACUCACAUAAUUCAAGAAUAAGAAAUAAAGUUAUUCUUUUUCACACUUCACAGGUACUGACCUAUGUUCUUGAGCUGGCAUAAAAUGCUUCACUUUAAAGACUGCUCAAAUACUCUUUUAGACAAGAAAACUGAAUACUAUCACAAUACAUGCUUUAUCUCUGCUAUUGGAAGGCCAGUUUUUCCUGUAAAGCAGCUGGUUAGUUACUGAGGGGUUCACACUUGUAUAGCUACACGUCUUAUCCCACCCUAGCAAUUGCCAGCCACCAGCUGGAAGUUAAAAGUGCUUGAAAAUGUGACUGCAUCUUACAGCAUUGACUGAUUCCUGAGCUUAGCGGGACUUGGCGCUUUUCUUUCCCAUGCUUUCUCUCCCAAGUCUGAGCUCUUGCCCUGGCAGUGCAACACGAUUUGAGAGCUGCCCAUAAUGGCGUACAGCCCAUAAGGCGGCCAUUGGCCUGCAAUGCUGUAUGCUGCUGUUCCCACUUAAAUCAGGUAGAAGCCAUUGAUUGCUUAGGGCUCUAGGUUUGUUCUUUUAUUAAAUAGCAGGCCCUAACAAUUGCUAGUGUUCACCAAGAAGAAGUGUGAUGAAAGGCCAUAUUACGUCAGGCUCAACUGUAUCUUUUCAUCUGUCCUACUUGGUAUGGCAUGUUCCAGGUGGAGGCUGGCAGGAUGCUAGUGCUAAAACCUGCCCUCUAGCAGCAAAAAAAGUAUCCUAGGUCCUCAUCCCAUGGUCAGAUCUCAGCUCCCUUUGCUACCCUUCUCCCAUCAAAAUCUUUUGAUAUGUGGAUACCUCCUGAGUGGGUACUUCACUAUUCUGAGAAGGGAGAUCAGUAUCUUCUAACUUCUUUACAGAUAUAUGUGCUCUUGAAGUGAUUCUUACAGUCUGUGUUAGGCUAGAUCAGGUCUGUGUUUUGUACCCAGCUUCACCUUCUGCUACAGAUGCCUGAUACCAAAAAUCAUUAUUCCUUAACACCACAUGAUACCGAAACAGGUAGAUGGUAAACUUGGCCAUAACUUGGUUUGGUAGCAACUUCCCUUAGCAGUUUUAAAGUGUGGGCUUUUAUUUUGUUUUUCUUUUUUUGUUUUUGUUUUCUGCCAGGUUAAUGGGAUAUAUGGACAGGAGACUUCAGCUUAAUCCCCUGGAAUCAGGACAGUUUGAAGUGCUGCCUAGCUCAGCCCUCCGACAGGAAAGGAAAGAAUAACUUGAACGUCUCUCCAGUCAUUUCCUGAUAUUUGCUGUUAGUGAACAGAUGUAAUUCAGUCCAAAAGGGAAUGCCAAGUGCUCCUGCGUGUCUGAUCUACUAAGCAAGGUUGGUAGCACCAGCUCUCCGUAAGAUUUCCCUCUCCUGAGGAGAGGCUGGUGUCAGCCCCAGCUAACUCUCAGAGGCCUGACAUCAAACUGGUUGGAGUUCUGUUAGAAGUCAACUGAAAACCUGUUGCUGUUAUUAUCUGACACUGCCUGAAACAAAAGCCAAAUGUUGAUGAAUGUCUGAUCCUAAAAGUAAACAUUUUGUUUUUUUUUUCUCUUUGCAAGUCAGGGGCCCUCUAGGGUUUUAUCUGAUUUUGGCAGUCUGUUGCACAUUUUGGGGCCUGGAGCAUGGUUUUAAUUGUUACAUCACAAAAGUUGCCAAAUAAUGUUGAAUGCUCCUUAAAAACUCUCUCAAUUUUAUGGAACUUCUCAACGGCUUGACUAAUACAAUAAUUGCUGGAACCCAGCUAUGUUGCCUAGUGGCAAAUGGAAUUUUUUCAUAAUGAUGCUGUCUGUCGUUAAUAGCAGGAUUUGUUCUUUCUCUCAGUGGGAGAGAGGCCAGAAAUCAAUGGUAUCUGUCUUUUUUAAUGACAGCCAACAGCAAACGGAUAAAAUAAUCAAUUACAUCUAUAGCUAGGUAGAUAAAGUAUAAUUUAUCAUGUCAAAAACAAAAAUGUUUUUAAUUGGGCUGUUAAUCAUUUUGUAAUUUUAACUAACGAGACGAGGGCACUAUUUUAUGCUCAGACAUCACUAAUAUUUUGUACAAUAUUAACUGAUCUUAUUAUAGUUUUAAUAGCAGUGUUUACUACUAACUGCCAAAACAAGAAACACCAUUUCUGCUUUCAUUAGCUGAAGCCUUUGCAGUUACAAAGGGCUGCCAUUCUCUUUCAUUUUUCUCCCACUGGAAGGACCCAGGUGAAGAAAAGGGUCCGGCUCACGAACCAGCUCUGAGUUUCUAAAAUACCAUGCUCUGUUUGAUGAGGAGUGUGCACACACUGGUUACCACCAAACAUGUUACUGAAAUGAUAAUUAUUUUUUUAACAGGAAAACUUAAAAGCAGAUUAGUGUAACAGCAAAGUGAGGAGUUUUGAUGUCUAGCCACACCUGUGUUGUCGUGUGGGAAGCUGGGCAGAUCACUUAAUCCCUCCUGACUUGUUCUCCCUGUCUGCAACAUAAGUAUUAGGUGCUUCAUCUUGCUGCUGUGGAGUACGUUGGUGGUGCAAGAUUCCUGAAAAUUUCAUUUAAAAAUGGCAAACAUCAGGGGAGCUGGCAGCAAAAGGAGCCUCUCCAAUGAGCUUUGAGGAAAGAGAGAGGAAGUUUAUAACUGGAGCUGAAUCUUCCCCACAUUCUAACUGAAAACGUCCUCAUGAUGCCUGAUAAGUGGGAAAUCAUCUACCAGAAAAAUCCCACAGCACUGGGGUAAUUUGGCUGUCUACUCUUUUGAUAUUCAUGUUAUUCAUAUCAAUGUCAUGACUAGAUAAUGCUGUUUGGGACAAGAUCUCUAUCUUGCCUAUAAAAUCCACAUUUAGAAAAUUCCAGACAUGCUAGGAAAUGUGAUUCUUGAGAGCCCCUGUGUGUGAAAUACAUGGCAUUACUUCCCUGCUUCAGAAGUGCUGUGCAGCCACUGAAAUCUUAACUUCCCUCAGAAAAGCUCUGCCUUUCUGCCUUAAAUCAAGAGUUGUUCUUGGAAGUACCUACAUGCAUGGAAUACUGUCUGCUAAGGGCAAAUUUCAUUUUGUAACUGUGACUUUGUUAUGGCUUUAGCUCUUUGUCCACAGCAUCUCCCAGUGUUGCAUGUAACACAGAGGGGCAGGACUGCCCUUCUGGUAACUGGAUCUUCCCUGAGAGUGGUGGAAAAUAUCAGAUGCUGAGUGGGUUUUUUACAGGUCUAAUGGCAUCACUGAGGCAGUAUUUAGACUGGGAAAUAGGGAGGAGAGACUAUGGGACUGACUUUCCUAAGCAUGAAUACACGGACAUUCAAAACAUUCCCAGAGAGUCACGUUGCACAACUUAAUGGGCCUGGUGCCCUCACCUGUGCCUAUUUUAUGUGACUCUUAACUCUGGCAUUAAAUAGAAACAAGACUUGUGCUAAUGACAUCCACAGCCCGUGGUGAAGAAAAAAUGCUGCUACUUUGAUACAGAUCCCCUUUUAAGGAGGACACAAUAGACAGCCAAGGCUUUUUCCCAUCUGCUAGCUGAAUGUUACAGUUCCUGGCCCAGAAACGUGCCCUCAGCAACACCCCUCUAUUUUCAGUGUUACACUAGAUAAUUUUUAAUAAGAAAAUGGUUAUCUGCUGCCCCUGUGUUUGCCACCUUGACUUUACCCUCCUUCUCCAUUAGGUGAAAGGAGGGAAAAGGAGGAGCAGGGCUGGCUGGGGGAGGGGAGCAAAUAACUUGGGGAGGGUGUUAAAUAGACCAGCUGCUAUGUGUGAAGUAUCUGCUUUCUAAUUUCUUCUGUUGGAAUUCAGGGGAUAAAGGCACUGGCUACACUUAAUUAAUAAGGCAGGACUCACAUAAACUCCAGCUGUGAGCACAGGACUGGUCUUUAAAGGAUAAGCUCAGGAGGUGAGGCAGAGAGUUUGAUUUUGUUGCAUGAAAUCCCACCACACGCUGCUGGUGGUGUCUGUCCAUCCGUCUGUCCGUCCAUCCACUUAAGCCUUUUGCUCUCAGCUAGAGGUGAGGUAUCUGUUACUGUCUGUGCCCCAGCCCAAAGAAAACUGAUCUGUCCUCAGAAAUCAAAGAUGUGAGGCUAUGUUUCAAGCUAGGAUGAAACUGUUGUGCUUUCAUCCUAGCUUGGAAUCCCCCAAAAGAGAUGUUUGGAUCAAAGGUUUGGUCAGGUUUAACAAAAAUAUGAGCUUUUGCAAAGCUGUAGGCUUGGCCUGUGGCUUCUUUUCUGCCUCGUUUCAGAGGAUCUGGAUUUUGCAUCCAGAACAUCUCUCUUUCUCAUCCAGACUCUCUGCCUGAGGGGGUUUGCUACAGGGGUAGGUCUGGUGGGGUGCUGUACAGCUGAUGCCUUCAGAUCGUUUCCAGUGAUGUCUCUGAGGAACACAGUGGUUCUUCCCUUCCUUUCCCUUCCCUCAAAAAGGUGACCAGGAAUUUCCCUGAGAUACAGACAAGGCCCCUGAAACUCACAUGAGAAUGUGAAUGUCACACUGUUCCCCAUUUGUUCCGGUUCCGUUAUCACUGCCAUGGGACCCCCCACAUCAGUGCAAGGUCCUCCCAGGCAGGUCACAGCAGUGCUUCUGUGGGGUGGCACCUCUGAAUUUCAAAGCUUGCUGUGCAGGUGUGCUACACUAGGAAACGGUGGAAUCAGAAGCAAAGGUGGAAGGGAUGUUCCCAUGUAGUUAAGAGUCUGUUUUUCCUCACUAGCUAUGUAAGGAAAUGAGCUUCCUGCAUAGGAUGAGAUGUCAUUUGCUGUCCUGAAGCCUUUGUGGCCUGACUGGUCUGCUCUUUCGGGUGCCAGCAGCCAGGGCAGGUCUGUUCUGUGUGUGAUUGCUCUCCCUUGUGUGCCUUCACCUGUCUUCCAGGAGGAUCUGUUCCAUGAUCUUCCCAUGCACAGAGGUGGGGCUCACCGGCCUGUAGUUCCCCAUGUCCUCCUUCCUCCGUCCUCGUAAAUGGCAGUGAUGUUUCCCUUUUUCCAGACCCCGGGGACUUUGUGUGACAGCCACGACUUUUCAGGUAUGACAGAGUGGCUUGGCACCCAUAUCAGCCGGGUCCCUCAGGUCCCUGGGAUGUGUGUCUUCUGCCCCAUAGACUUGUACACGUUCAGUCCCAGGAGGUGAUGCUGGACUUGCCCUUUGAGUUGGGGGGAGUUUGCUCCUCCGUUUCCCGCCUAGAGGUUUGGGGGAUGUGAGCUUCAGGGGUGUGAGAAAUAUGAGAUUCCUGGCUGCCAUUUCAUUUAAGGAUGAGAAUAGUGUCUUUUUUCUUUUUAAGUAUGGAUCAAUCAUGUAUGAAGAUGAACUCCCACUCAGCCUCCCUUCAUCCCUAAUACUUUCAUUUCAUUCUCCUGCUGCUUGCUCUUUUAUGGCUUUGUCCUUGACUGGUAACAUUUCUCUCUUGUUCUCCCUUACAUGCACCAUUAAGAAUGGGAAGAACUUCUAUUAAAAACUCAAGCCUCAUGUAGAUCUUAAGCUGUAAAUAAUGUUUUAUACAGAUUCUAAGAUUGUUAAAUCCUUCCAGUUUGCCUCCCUCUUACUUCAGCCUACAGUUCAUUUGAUUAGAGCAGAGAUAUUCUUUUGAAAAUGAACUAUUUCUGUUUUGAUUUUGCAAGCAGCCUUGAGAAGAUACAGUCUGGCUGUGUGCAUUGUUAAUCAGAAGAUUGGCCACAUGAAUCCAGAAACACUGCCUUCAAGAGAACUGACUGUUGGCAUGUAAAAAGAAGCACACCAGAGAAACCCUGGAAUUCUGAGAUGUAGUUGACUUUCUAAAUACAGGCAAGUUGCAAUUAAAAACCAGUUAUUUGGGGAGAGAUGCAUUCAAAAUACAGAUCUUUGGAGGGGGCUGGCAGGCACAUCACAAGUGAAAUAAAUUAGUAAUGUGAGGAGGUAGCUAUGCUCAAGGAUUAACUAAUUUUGGGCAGCUGUAGGAGCCAACCCACUGGGCUCUGUGCAUUGCCUCACUGUAAGUAUUUAUCCUGCUCCUCUGGAUACCAGGGCAUCACAGAGCCAGGCAUCUGAAAUGCAGCUUUUCCUUACGAAUGCAACUAAACCAGCUGCUGCAUUUUGCAGAGAUCCUGACGCUGUAGUGCUGAGCUGCUCUCCAUCCCGCUUGAUGGAAUCUGCUCACCUCAGCCUGCAUGUUAGGGGUAUGGCCAGUCAGUCAGGCUUUGCUAGUAUGGGGCUGAGCAUGGAGAAAUAUCCUGAGCGAUAUUUACUGCAAAGCUGCUGAAAGGCUUCACAGUAGACAGCCUACACAACGAAACUAUCUCCUCCAAUUAGUCCAUGGUCAUCAAUGAGGUAAAUGUCUCUGCCUUCUGACCCAGACAGGGUGGAGUUUUAAUAACAGACAUAAAUCUGUUGUGCUUCUCUCCUCAUGACCUAACAUAUGCUGUCAGGGCAAUGCAUGCCUCAGAGAAGUAGAAUUUAUGUGUACGAUAAAACAAUAGAGCUUCAGUGCUAUCAGCUGUUUGAUGAACUUUAAUAUACAUCUGCUAUAAAAAAGGCAGCGAGCACCAGAAUGUGAUACUCAAAUAAAAACCCUUGAUCCAUUUGCAUGACAGAUCCUCAAUUUACUCACAUUCACGUGAGGGACACACAUAAAAAUUAUAUCCACCCUUAAAUUCACUUAGAAGCAGCCUGAAAUACCCCCCAGUUGCAAGUGAUACUGCAGUUCUUAGCUAAUACUCAUGUUUCCGUGGCUUUGCCUUCAUGAUUCUUCCAGUGGUUCCUUUAUGUUUUCUGGUAUUUUGCCAAACACCUGUGAAUCGGUGCACAACAAAUAUUCUUGCCAUUUAAUUUAGACUUGCACAGAAAGGCUAUAGUAGGCCGGCUGCACACCUAAUCCCAAACCUCUAAAGAGGUUUAAGGCACUCUGGUUUCACCUAAUCCCGAAACCUAAACCAGAAUCAUUGAAAAACUCCAUGACACCA